AUGCAUAUAGCCAAGAACGCAUACAAGGAGCUCGCUCACGCAGCCCUUUCUUAUCCCGCAAUAGACAAUCAUUGCCAUCCUCUUCUUUCUGAAGCCUACAAAGAUAACUUUGAUUUUGAAGGAAUCAUAUCUGAAGCUCGGGGUACAGCUCUGACUGAGGAUGCUGUCCAUACUCUGGUCUGUUAUCGGGCGACCCGCCAGCUUGCAGAACUGUUGACAUGUGAUAGAGAUUGGGAUGCAGUGAAAAGGAGGCGAGAUUCCAUGAGUUAUGAAGAACUGUGCAAAGCGUGCCUACAGUCCACAGGAAUUCAGUGCUUCUUACUAGACGAUGGCCUUGACGCCAAUGGCACCUGUGAACGUGUAGAUUGGCACGAUCAAUACUCCUCCUCACCAUCCAAGCGGAUAGUGCGUGUCGAAACGCUAGCUCAGGAUAUACUGAAAUUGCACAUUCCACACUUUCUACCUGUCUCGCUUAACGCAGCAUCUUUGUGCUUAUCGGCGUUCUCGACAACCUUUGACAAGGCCCUUGAAACCGCUGCCAAUGAUGCUUUAGUCGUCGGCUUCAAGUCUGUCGCAUGUUAUCGGACAGGGCUAGACAUCUCCCCAAAAAUCUCGUCGUUGGAGGAUGUCGAGGCGUCACUAACGGGAGUUAUGAAACGUUUCGCGGAAACGCGGCAACUCAGGCUUGCGGAUAAGCACUUCAAUGAUUAUAUCGUCCGUUUGACGAUGGAGGUCGCCGCAAAGUGCGGCAAGCCCGUGCAAUUCCACACUGGCCUUGGAGAUCAAGAUAUUUCUCUUGUACGAUCCUCGCCAGCCCAUCUGCAACCGCUUAUAGAAGCAUAUCCCUCAACGCCAAUCGUCCUUCUGCACUCUUCUUACCCAUUCACUCGAGAAGCUGGGUAUCUCACUUCUGUGUAUAAGAAUGUCUACCUCGACUUCGGCGAGAUCUUCCCAGCAGUAAGCAAGACCGGCCAAAAGAGUGUCUUGCGUCAGAUAUUGGAGCUCUGCCCAACAAAUAAAAUACUUUGGUCCACCGAUGGACAUUUCUGGCCCGAGACUUAUUACCUUGGGACAAUUCAGUCAAGAGAGGUACUUUAUGAAGUACUUGCUGAGAGUAUUCAAAACGGCGAGCUUUCGGAGCAGCAGGCGGUUGGCAUCGUCAAACGUGCCUUGUUCGAGAACUCAAACAAGCUAUAUAACUUGGGACUGACACCCGAUUUGCAACUCGGAAUUGAGGCAGAGAGAAUACGUUCAAAGUAG